CCCCGGGCGGCGCGGCGCGGCUAUGGCUGACGACGCGGCGCCGUUCCGGGCUCUGCUCGUCACCGUCAACGCUCUGCUGCAGCAGCGCCGCUACCACGCCGCGCUCGCCGUCCUCAAGGGCUUCCGCAACGGGGCCGUAUAUGGAGCCAAAAUUCGUGCACCACAUGCCCUAGUGAUGACUUUUCUAUUCAAGAAUGGAAGUUUAAGAGAGAAAUUGAAAGUGAUUGCUCAGGCCACGUACACUCAUUCCCGGAACUUGGCGUAUUUCGUGUUCACCUACAAGGGGCUGAUGGCGUUGCAGUCUCGACUACAGGGGAAAAAAAUUCCCUUUCAUUCUUUCUUUGCAGCCUGCAUUGGAGGUUGGCUAGUGUUUGGUGAGAACAACCCCAUCAAUAGCCAGAUUAUUAUGUACCUGCUGUCUCGUAUCCUGUUUGGCUUGUCUCGGUUAGCAGUGGAAAAGGGCUAUGUCCCACAGCCAAAGCAGGACCCCUUCCCACUUGUUGCUGCUCUGAUAUGGGGGACAGUUCUCUGGCUAUUUGAGUAUCACCGGCAAACUCUGCAACCUUCUCUACAGUCUUCCAUGACAUACCUGUAUGAUGAUAGUAAUGUAUGGCAUGAUAUUUCUGACUUUCUCAUUUAUAACAGAAGAAGCACAAGCAAGUAGUUGAUUCAUUGUGAAGCACCUUUGAAUGGGAUGGUACAUUUCAACAGCUAAGGAAAAAAGGUUAUUCUGGUGCUUUUUGCUGAUGGACAUUUUAAAUUAACCUGUAUCAAGCAGAGUUGCCUCUUGGGUCUUUUCCAAAAUGUUCCGAUUAGUCCAGUCUUCUGCUGGCUCUGUUUAGAGCAAGUGAAUGUCCCACGGAAACUUGUUGCAGUGCCUCCAUGGGAGUAAAAUGCUUUAGGAAGCUUCAGUUAAUGUAAGUCCUUUUCUGUUUUUUUUUCUUUUUUCUUUCUUUUUUCCUCUUUUAUUUUGUUUUUAAGGCCGUAUUUUUUUUCCCUACAGCUGUUUUUUUUAAGAAACUAAAUGUAAAAUUACCGGACAGUAAGUGGGGAAAAUAUUUCUCAAAUCAUUUAAAAAAUAUAUAUUUUAGGAAAUUCUUAAUGCUUGCAAGUUGGAAGCAUUUUUUUUGUGCCACUGUACUCACAAAAACAGGAAUACAGAAAUGGGGGGCCUGCUCAGUUCUGAAAGCAAGGGCAUAAUUUCUUGAUUUCUGUGAGAUGCCAGAAAUCCAGUCUAAAUGACUACAAGGACAGGUGUGUGCUCCUGAAGAGAGCUGCUGCAGUUUUCCCUCAGGCAUACAAGAAGAUAUUUGAGUGUGAAACUAUUAAGAUUCUUUGGUACAAGUGUGGUAAAUCAGACUUGAAAGGACUGUUUUUGUUCAGUUUCUCUCAUGCACUUAGACUUCUACAUGUCCUCUACAAAGUCUACUAAUUUAUAUCCUGUAAUUUAUAAAACUUACUGCUUGAACUAAAUGCCAAAAAUAAACAGAUAAGUAACUUAAACUCCUUAAAAAACAGACUGAGAUGCAUUGCAUGCACUCAGAUAUCACACCGGCUGCUUUGUAUGUAGCAAAGAUCUAAUUAGCACUUUUAUUUUGGUAGAAGAUAAGCACAUCGUUUUGUCUUAGGUCCAGCAUCUUCCCUCCACAGCAGUGGCACUGUUAGCUGCAGUCAGAGAGUUAAGCUUGUUCAGGUUUGUUGCCGGGCCAGGUCGAGGCUGUGGAUGAAUAUACCAAUGAGUGUUCUUAAAAAUACACUGUUGAGUCCCAGGAACAGAGCAGCAUAAAUGGGGUUUAAUCAGAAGAUUGGCUAGGUAGCUGGGAAAGAUUUUCCGUUUCAUUGAACAAGUACUGUUUUAGUAAUAAUAAAAUCAAACUGUUAAUACUGUUAAGCACUUACACUGCUAUAUGACACUAUACCAUUCACUUAAUGAUGCCCAUUAAAAUAAUUCCUGACAUACUGGUUUUA